CCUUGGAGCAGCUGUCGGUUAUUAGGUUAUGUAACCCUAACCCUAAAGCUGUACUUGGUGUGCGCAGCUUGAAAACCUGAAACAUCUCUAUGGACCACCGACGUCCUCUCACACUAUUUGUCUUUAAGACCCCAUGGAAAGCGCUCACCACACUCUACAGAGCGCCAAAGGCAAGUCCCACAGUCACCUCGACGCCAUCGAGCUCGCGGCGAAGGAGUUCCAUGUAGAUACCAAAUACGUGGAUCUGGUUAUCAGGUUUAUUGGGGCGUCGGAUCUUGCAAGGGUGCAUGUUAUUGGCACGAUGAACCCGUGUUUUCACGCUACACUUGACGACAAGGUUUCGUACACGUCGUCUGUCAAGCCGAAUACCCUCUCCCCUGUUUGGGAUGAGACUUGGAUCGUAAAGACGGUUCCUUCCACAGCUACCUUGUCGGUGGUAGUACGAGAGAUAGAGACUGGAGCACUGUUAGAUAAUGAUGUCGGUGUGUUUCAGACCACUGUAACUCCAGGAACGAAAGAGGUCGAAAUAGUCGGCAAGCGUCUUGGUCGAAAUAAAGGGUCAUUUUGGUUGAACAUCGAAUCCUCUCCGUCGGUUCAUGAUUCAAGAUCACUACCAUACUCGUUUGAUGGCCCGAUCCACUAUUCUCAACACGACUCACCAACAAUGGGUGUUCUUACUCAUCUCAGGGACACGCGGUUGUAUUCGACAUGGAAAAUCUAUAUGAAAGGCAUUCCACAGAUCUUUGGGGAUACGGUGCAACGAUGGAACCACGAUUACAAGGCCGCAGAGGCAAUGUUCAAAGGACCUACAUCAAUUGCAGUGCGUUCCGGCAUCAUGGCUGGCCACCGCAUGUUAUACGCCCGGACCGUUUUGAAUGGUUUUGGGGUUAUCACAAGUGCCGAUGAUGUGUUCAAGCUGCUGCGAGGCAACUCGCGUCGAACAUCGGGUGACGGCAAUAGCGCAUUUGAAAAUCGCAUCAAACCCGCAGUAUACACGUAUGUUAUCACCGAGGAAGACGAGACCUUCCGUUUCUCAGAGACAGGGGCGACAUUCUUCGUAGACUUUGCAUCGAAGCAUGCACUGCAUAGCAACUGCGCAGAAAGCGUAGUGUACGGAGGGGAGUUUCACCCUCGCCCAGAAGGUGGCUGGGAGAACUUCUCCGAUUAUACGGACGAUAGCAGUGUGAGAUGGGAGUUGGUGAUUGAUAACGAUUCUGGGACAUAUUCUCCUAAUCCCGAUCUGCUGGCUAAAGUGGCGCAACUUCUGGAACUCAAUUUUACGGGGAUCAAUGUAGUUGCGCUAACACAGGACGAUCCGGAAUUGAAGAAGAGUAUAGAGGCGUGUAGGGAGUAUGCAUUGACGAAAAGGGGGGUGAAAAGUACGGAGUUGGAGCCUCAUGCCACUGAGGGCGAAGAGACAUUAUCGGAUCGGGUCUCAGCACUUGAGAAGACCUAAUUAUUGAGGAUGAUGUCGUUGUCAGGUGUUAGAGAGCAGGUGACACGGUUGAUGUAAAGAUAAAUGCGUUAGAUAAAAGGAAAUGAUCUAUAGUGCUUUAUUUAGUAGUGGUUCAAC